AACAGAGAAAACCGGCAUUUUUCCUAGUGACCUGGACUGAAUCCAGGAACAAAUAAGUGAACCGCUACUGCCGCUUGGAAGCCGGUAGGGCAUGCGCGGGUUGCAGCGUCUAGCUCUACGCGAGUCUUGGUCAGGUUUGCGUACCUUGCUCUUGGUGUCUAGAUAAUCCCGAAGAGAUGUAAAUGAGAUACUUUGAGUAGAUGUCAGAUACAAACCCCCUUGUUUUCUAGCCGCGAGGCAAUAGUCCCCCCGUCCCGUCGCAGUCUACGAAGGAGCGUGUCACCGCGUCCGUGUCCCUACAACCACAGUGGCGUGCGCUUGCAGACCGCUCGAGCCGCAUCAUUGUUUUUCGUGCUCCCGUUGUCGCAUUUUUUAACCACUCGUGUAUCUGUCACUUCUUCUCUAGCGGAGGGGGACGGCUUGCCCUCGCUCCGCGUUUGUUGUCGACUAGCCGCGUGCUCCACACCUCCUUUCGCAGUGCCGCCCUGAUUACGAUCUGCAGGUGUUCUUACUUCCGUGUCCUGUUGGAGCUUCGUGCGGACCCGCCGUGUCUGCCCCUGUUACGUGCUGCCUCGUGUCUCUACGGUCGGCUCGUGCACUGUGCCCUCGACCGGUCAAGAUGCCACACAGUCUGACGGUGCUCACUGCCGCGAUGACUGGCGGGGUAGUGGGAGGCCCUGCGACUGCGGGAGGUGGGGGGUGUUGUGGCUUGUGCCCGUGGUGUCCUUGUUGCCCCGCUGCACCAGUCGCCGCAACGGGAGCGCAUGCUGGCAUGACUUUAGGUGGAGGAGCAGUUCCUGGCGCCGCAGCAGCUCCUGUCGCCAUGGCACCUGGUGCCGCAAUGGCCCCUGGUGCCGCAAUGGCACCUGGUGCCGCAAUGGCUCCUGGUGCAGCCGUUCCAGGUGGAUGGGGGGCUGGCACGGCCGCUGGGGGCUACGGAGCUUCCAUGGCUCCGGGUGCCGCUGGAGGUGUUGGCUAUGGGACAGGAGGCUAUUACGGGGCUGCUUCGGGGUCACCCGCGUUAACAGCGCUGAUGGCGUGGUUCAGUCGGGCCAACGACGAGGCUGGGAGGCUCAUCCAAGAAUCCAGGGGAAACCUUCCGCAGGGACAUGGAGGAAAGGAAGACUUCGAGAAAGAGCUCAGUGAAGCCAGCACUUCUGCUUCGUUAGGGAAGUACAAUGCCAGAAGACGGAGGGACUCGAACGCGUGUGCGGUGAGAAGGGUGAGGCGGUCUCCGGCUAGCACACCCAGUGCGAUUGAGCACUGCACUGGCUCCCUGGACUUCAUUUAG